ACCAUAAUCUCUUGUUACGAUUAGAUCGUUUUUCCUGUGUUUAUGAUUUACGUAGUCCUCUUUAUUGGAGUUCACAGUUGCUUGCAAAUGCUCUAUUGUGCAUAACGCAUUUUCAAGUCUGAAUGUUUUCGGAUUGCAAAUUUUAUUGAGAUCACGUACUCGCGGAUAAAGCAUCUCGUGGAUUUUACAAUGGCGAAGUGGUUCAUGUUUGUAAUCGUAUCUUUAAUGGUUGAUAUCUUUGGCACGACAGACGAUGCGUCUGUGUUGUAUAGGCCUAAUACGAGUAGGUUUCAAGAAGCUAUAUGCGUGUGCCAGGUACGGCUCAGCAAUGAUAGGGCAGUUGUUUAUGCUGGAAGCAACAUUACAUUUACUGCCGAAGUGUCGAGCGAUAGAGAACGCAACAGCGCGCGCGCGAUCCCGGUCGACAGAAGGGAAGAAGCCCCUAUAGAUAAGAGAGAGAUAUCCUGCGGUGGCAUUCUCACAACUAGUUGCACAUAUAAAUGGAAAGAUAACUACGAACCCCCGCAUCAUCAAGAGUGGAGUAACAUGCCCAAUUGGACGGUAUCAUAUCCGGCUGAUGGAUUCAAGUCCGGCGUGUAUACAGUAGAAGUAUCCGCUAAAUGUGGUCUUCCAGAGGCGUGCAGCGCCGAAAAAAAAUUCGAAUUGAAGAGAACUGAUAUAUUAAUUAUGAUUAAUUAAUGAAAAUAAAAUUAGUAUUUGCCUGUAGAAAUAGAAAUUAUUUUUGAUAGGUACAAGAACUGUUACCCCUCACAAUCCAAAAUAGCUUGAGUAGAGGAAGGAACUGGAGCGAAAAAGCUGCGAUUUUUUUCGAAAGUGUUUCCUCUUUGAGGAUCUAAACCCUAAUAUCUAUCCUCAUAGGGACACACCUCCAAGGCUUAAACUUUUUCUAUGUGACUUUCAACUUAGAAUUAAAGUUUUCACAGAAUUCGA